AUGGUCAGCAGACUCAGUUUGCCCAUCCUGUCUCCCUCCCUGUUUCUUACUCUCCUGCUUCCUGCACUGUUGCUCCUCCACCUGCCGGGUACUGUGAGAGGGGACUGCUGGCUGAUAGAGGGCGAUAAAGGUUAUGUUUGGUUGGCUAUCUGCAGUCAGAACCAGCCUCCAUAUGAGACCAUUCCCCAGCAUAUCAAUAGCACGGUUCAUGACCUGAGGCUGAAUGAGAACAAACUCAAAGCAGUGCUAUUUACCUCCAUGUACCGCUUUACAAACCUAACUGACCUCAAUCUAACCAAGAAUGAGAUCACCUACAUUGAGGAUGGGGCCUUUGCGGGACAGGCCAACUUACAGGUUCUCCAGCUUGGCUACAACAAACUGACGAACCUGACUGAAGGCAUGUUGAGAGGUCUGGGUCGAAUGCAGUGCCUCUUUCUACAACACAACCUCAUCGAGGUCAUUGCUACCAACGCUUUUUGGGAGUGCCCCAAUCUCAGUAGUCUGGACUUAUCUUCCAAUAAGUUGGCGCGUCUUGACCCGUUUACCUUCACUGUCCUUGGCAGGCUGAUGGUGUGUGAACUGGCAGGAAACCCAUUCCACUGUGGUUGUGAGCUCUCCAGCUUCCUCAACUGGCUGGAAGAAUUUAAUAAUGUAACCCACACCUAUGACCGCCUACAGUGUGAAACCCCUCCAGACAUGACUGGUUACCCACUGCUAAGCCCAGUUCCUGGCCAUGGAAGAAAUGCUAGAUACAUUCUUUUAUCUGUGUGCCGUGAUGGUGUAAUUAUUCCAGGAAUGACCUCCCAGAUGCCAGAUCAAGAUGGCUCUGGGAUGGGUUUGGACAAUCCAGACCAAGGCCUGUACCAACAACCAGUCAUGUCAUCCACUCCUGACCCAGGCUCUAACAGUCAGAUUUCUGUGAAGCUUCGAACUGUCUCCCUCAAUACUGCCUCUUUAAUGGUACACAUUCCACAACCAUUCAGUAAGAUGUAUAUUCUUUCCAAGCACAACCAAACUCAAGCUGAAGACAUCAAGCCUCUUACAAACAAAACAGAAGUAAUCACUUUGGAGAAGUUGAAACCACAUACCAGCUACACCUAUUGUGUGGCGUCUGUAAGUAAAUCUCAGCGCUAUAAUCACAGCUGUCUGUCCUUUACAACACGGGCUAUGGGGCUCGAAGAUCACCGAACCAAUUCAUCAACAACUACUCACUACAUCAUGACGAUCCUGGGAUGUCUUUUUGGCAUGGUCAUUGUCCUUGGAUUUGUCUAUUACUGCCUCAGGCAACGACGCAUCCAAGAGGAAAAGGAAAAGGCUAUAAGUGUGAAAAAGACAAUUCUGGAGAUGAGGUAUGGUCCAGAGGCAGCUGCUGCAGUGGCCAAAGACCCAGGAGCCAUGCAACGUCUACAAGAGCAGGCUCACCAUCAGCACCACCAUUCAGGAGGAGGGGGAGGCAAGCUGCCAGCCUCUGCUUCUUCCAGUACAGGAAUGCUUCACGGAUCAGCUAACACCAGUUCAUCCCGUCUUUCCACCUUGCCGCAGGUAGAAAAAAUGGCCACUGCUUUCACUGAGGCAAUGGGCGGCAAGGGCAAUUACAUGGAUGUUAGGACAUCAGGACUGGCAGGAGAAAGCAGAGAGGGAGUUGUGGCUGCUGGAGGGGUAGGGGUAAGAGGGGAAGUAGUUGUUGAUAUGCGAGGUGGAGCUGAAAAUGGAAUAGAGGCUGGGGAGGAUUCUGAUGAUGAUGGUCGUGGCUCGGCAUCAGAGAUCUCCACCAUCGCCAAGGAGGUGGACAAGGUCAACCAGAUCAUUAACAAUUGUAUUGAUGCCCUUAAGUUGGAUGCAUCAUCUAAUAAUGUAACCACAGUGGAUAACUCUGUAUCAUCUUCCCAGCCUCCGUGUAUUGCAACCCACCCUCGCAAUCUUCUUCCCCUUUCUCCUGGCCACCCUGGAGAUCAGAUCAUGGCAUCUUCCCCUAAGGUGCAUCCAAAGUCUCAUCCUCAGCCUCACCCUCAGCAACAAGCUCAAUCCCAUCCUCAGCCCCACCUACAGCUACAUCAGCAACCUCAUCCACCUUCUAUGGCCCCAGUACCCCUGGUCAUGCCCCUGUCUGAGCGGCCUGGCAUCAGUGGUGGUGGGUUUCUCUCCCCUCCUUAUCGUGACCCACCCCCAGCUAAUGCUGUGCGGCCCCUUCAGAGGCAGCUGAGUGCUGACACUACUGUGAAAAACCGUUGUGGUGCUCCUGCUGCAGGAUCUGUGAAGAGCGCAAGAGUGUUCAGUGUGGAUAUCCCUGAACAACGCAGUGAUCCACCCAAGUACCCAACAGAAAAGGGCAGCCCUGUUGGAUGUGGUGGAGGGGCUGGAAGUGGAGGUAGUGCAGUAGGGGGUUGUAACGGUAAUGGGAAGGGAAACCUAAAUGGUGGUGGAGUGAGUUUGAAUGGAGGAGGAAUGGGGUGUAACAAUGGUAGUGGGGGUGGAUGUGGGAUCAUUGGCCCUGGGCAGCAGCACCACUUGGAAGUUCAGCCAGACUACCACAGUUCUGAGCACAGGCACUCCUUUCCAGCACUCUACUAUGAGGGGGUUAAUGAAUCACCCUCACCGGCCCAAAAAGCAUCAUUUCUCAAGCCACUGGGCCGCACCAAGAGGGAAACCACUGCCUACUCCCAGCUCUCUCCUUCUCGUCAUCACAACUACAACUCUGGAUACUCCUCAAGUCCGGAGUACUCAUCUGAGAGCACACUGCGCAUCUGGGAGCGAUUCCGCCCAUAUAAGAAGAGUCCCAGAGAAGAGGCAUCCUAUAUAGCAGCAGGCCAUGCCCUGCGGAAGAAGGUUCAGUUUGCCAAGGAUGAAGACCUUCAUGAUAUUUUGGAUUACUGGAAGGGUGUUUCUGCCCAGCAGAAGUUGUGA